AUGCGAAACAAUCGGUUCAUUUUUUGGAAUGUAAACAACCAUAGUGUAGAAAACCUAAGGAUUUGUUAUGAUACAAUAAACUCCCAAGUCUUCAUUGAAAAAGAAUCAGUGCAUUUCACUCCAACAUUCCCUGAAAAUGGCGACGGUCUCCAUAUAACAUUUAUGUAUGGAAGAAAUAAAUUUGAGAUUAUUGGAGGUCAAAGGAACAACUGGACCCUGUGGCACCAAGGGGAAGUCGUUCCGCCGGCUCGUCGUAAUUGA